AUGAAUUCAUUAUUAGCUUGGAAAGAAUUAAAACCUAAACCAUUUACAAUAAAGCCACUUCAAAGUAAUAAUCUUGAAGAAAUUUUAUCAGUAAUUUUGCAUCAAAAAAUUAUCAUACACAAAAACACUUUGCCCUCAGAGUUACAAUACCCAAAUCAAUCAUCAAGCACGCCUAAUCUAUACUCUAUUUCACAACAAUCUUCAUCAAGCUUACAAAUCACUUAUGAUAACUUAAAAACUUGGCUCGAACGUGCUCAAAGCUAUUAUAUUGCAAGUAAAAAAUGGCGAAAAUUGUUUGAAGUUUCUUUGGGUGUAAUGAAUAGUUGUGGUUAUAUAAGAUUUGAAAGUUCUCCCCAGAUUACGAUAAUAGAUCUGUUUGAAGAACAACUUAAACUACCUGAGAAACUGUUUAAAUUACUUAACGAGAAACAAUAUUCUGUUUAUAAUAAUAAAGGAUUUAUAGAAGGUGUAAGGACUACCUUUCCUUUUGCAAUAUCAAUUGGAAUAGCAUGUUUUGUAUAUUGCUGUCAUCAAUUCUAUGAAUUGGUAGCUGGUUCCAAAGCCAUCACGACUAAUGAUGGUACAGGUAAAAGAGAUUGUUUAAUACCAAUAUAUCCUAUUACUAUGAUACAAUCUUCUUCUACGUCAUCAUCUUUAUGUGUUCACAAUCCACCUAUAAAUGAAAUGAGCAAAUCUCUAUCGAAAAAUUGUCAAACCAAAAAUGAUGAAAUUUCAAUGAAAUCAGACAAAUUAAAAGAUACUACUGAUCGUGAUAGAGAAUCAUUAUCAUCACUAAAUGAUGAAGCCAUGUUAUUAUUAAAACGUUCUUUGGAUUGUUGGAAAUUGUUAAAGCAGUUGAUCACAAAUGGAGACGUCUCAAAAAGCAAAACAGUAGAUCACGAGAUAGAUCUAUUUACCAGAUCUUGGUGUUUGCCUUUAGAUGUUGUAAAUGCUUUGAUGUUAACUCGUGCUGAUAUUGCCCUUUUAUUAGGAAACUUGGACACUGCAUAUAGAAUUUAUCAUGAUAUGUGUGGUCAAUUUUCUGGUGCUUGGGAUGCUCAUCUGAGUUAUAUAUAG